AUGCUCAAAAAUAUUUCUCAAUAAGCAAAGUCAUAAGCAGCAGAAUUUUUAGCUUUAGGUGAUCAGUUCAGAUUAGGAGAUCUUCCUACUGAAUAAUAGGCUCCAGAGACUAUCAAUUUAGCAGAAAAUAGCAAAGAUAAUCUCCCUAAAGCUGUUGAAUAGGUUAAGAAACUUGACAUCAUUACCCUAAAUACAUUAACUUCUAAAGUUGUUGAAUUAGAGGCCAUGUACAAGGCUGUUUCUGAUACUUUUGAGUCAGGAAACAAGGUUUAUCUUUGUGGAUGUGGUGCUACUGGACGUCUUAGUUUAGCAUUGGAGUAAAUUUUUAGAUAAGAAGUAACUCAUUUAAAAAAAGAUGCUUUGAAGGAAAGUGUUGUUAGUCUAAUGGCAGGUGGAGAUUUGGCUUUAAUCAAAAGUGUUGAAGAUUUUGAAGAUCAUCCUGAAUAUGCUGUUCAACAUAUGAAGGACCUUUAGUUUGGUCCAAAUGAUUUGCUCAUUGCUAGUACUGAAGGAGGUGAAACCCCAUGGGUAAUUGGUGCCACUAAUUAUGCUUCAGAAUUCAGUUCUCGUAAGCCAUAUUUUCUUUAUUGCAAUCCGGAUGACAAAUUGAAAGUAUAACGUAGUAAAGAAGUAAUUGCAAACCCUAAAAUUAAUAAAAUUAAUUUGACUGUUGGUCCUAUGGCUAUUACAGGAUCUACAAGAAUGCAGUCAACAACUAUACUUAUGUAUGCAAUUGGAUUAGCUAUUUUCCAUUGCCAUCAUUUAACUGGUGCAACAAAAGAAGAGGCUGACAGUACUUUUGUUAUACAAGCUACAAACAAGCUAAAUGUAUUCACAGAGCAUUUCAAAAAUACAAAUACUGGGUCUCUUCUUUCUCCUUUAACAGAAUUCGAAAGCACUAUCUAUAAAGAGAACAACUUUAUUUUUUAUGAAACAACUUCCUACUUUGGUUUAAGUGUCUUGACUGAUACUACUGAGCGUUCUCCUACAUUUUCUUUGUUCCCUUUUGAAAACUAACAAGAUAUUAAUUAAAAAGACUUUUAGCCAUCACUAUGUCACCUAUUAAUGAUAGAGGAUCCUAACUAGCCCUACACACUUAAAGAAGGAGAAACAAUGGUCUAAAGAGCUUGGUUUGAUAUGCUUGGAGGAAGAUAAAUUAGAGGAUUAGACUCAGCUUACUUUUAAAAAUAUGAGCAAAAGGUAGCAACUAAAAGAGCCUUAGGAUAUAAUUUCUCACCCGAAAUCGUAGAACUUCGUAGAUCUUAUUGCCCAAAAAAUUCUAAUCAUUACUUCUUUGCCGUUUAGAGAGUUGUAAGUAAUGAAGGUAAAGUAACUCUAAGAUUCUCUAUUAAAGAAGAUAAAUCAAAUAAAGAAGUAGUUUUUAGUGAAUUUGAUCUUUCUCCUUUCUAAAAUAGAAGACUUGAUGAAUCUAUCUUCUUAAAAAUACUCUUAAACACCCAUUCAACCCUUGUCAUGUGCAGGCUUGAUAAAGUAAAAAGUAACAUUAUGAUAUGGGUGAGACCUUCAAAUCUCAAGCUGAUUGACAGGUCUAUAAGAUACAUUUAAUAUUUUAUCAACGACAGAGCAGAGGAGUUAAAAAAAAUUAAUCUUGAAGCUUUUAAUUCUAUCAACUAUGACCUCAUUUGUGAGGCAUUGUUUUCAGAAUCAGAAACUCUUGAAUAUGGAUAAGCAAUAGUACUUAAGACAACCAAAAGAAUCCUUAGAGAUAUGUUUGAUAUAAACGAUAACUGA